AUGUACGCUCAGCGCAGCCUUCUUCGCCUGCCCCAGCAGCUGCGUGCUGCGCCGGUCCGCUCCGCCGUCCAGCGCCGCCUCAACCACACCGAGUCCAAGCUCCCCUCCUGGGCUGUCGACAACGAGUUCAACCGCGAGAGAGAGGCUGUCAAGCACCACGCUGCUGCCACCAGUGACCUCUGGCGCAAGCUCUCCAUCUACGCCGUCGUCCCUAUCGUGAUCCUCGGCGGUCUCAACGCCUACAACCUCUGGGAGGAGCACUGGGAGCACUGGGACCACAUGCCUCCUCUCGAGGAGCGCACCGAGUACCCUUACCAGAACAUCCGGGUCAAGAACUUCCCCUGGGGUGACGGUGACAAGACCAUCUUCUGGAACUCCAGCGUCAACUACCACAACAAGGACAAGGCCACCUAAAUGGUCCAGUUGUCAACUGACGGACUUGUCGGCUUCCUUUUCGAACUAUGUUUACGAGGAAGAUCGGAUACUGAAGGACCAAAUGUACAUUUAUUGCGGAACAUGCAAAAUGUAAAGCAAAUCUAGGAGAGGGGAGGGAAUAUGGAAGGGAUGAAAUCAGAGAGAGAGAGAGAGACAGAGAGACAGAGAGCGAGCCACACACACAAUGCUGCUGCAAUUUCUUGUUUUCCUUUGUAUACUGCGCUUUUGUCAGUUCGGGUGGAAAAUCAAGUCCCCAUCGCGCGCGAUUUGAUCUCGCCUGGCAUAAGUGCUUAUCCGAUUUUCGUAUGGUACUAUUGUAAGAUCUACCGUCUGAAAUAUAGUGGAGACUCGUUUCUGAGUGGACAUUGG